AUGAGCGUCGCAGCGGCCAGUGGUGCCGUAAGCACGCAACAAUAUCAGCCAACUCCAGAACAAAUUCGUCUUGCACAAUUAAUUGAUGAUAAAAAACAUGAUCAACCUGAAGUACAAGACAUUGUUCGAAAAGUUCUUGAUGUUGUAGCGAAUUCCAAUCCAGAUGAUGCUUUGUUAGCUCUAUUCGAUUGUGAUUAUGAUUAUGAAAGAACUGUUGCAUUACUUAUUGAAAAAGGUCAUGAAGUAGCUAGUGAAUGGCGUACAGCAACAAAUAAAACGACUAAAAAACAACAACAAAAGACUGCAUCAACUAAAAAUGGACAUGGAGGAGAAACAGAUGAGAAUGUACAACAACGAAGCAAUGAUGGUUCUACUUAUCGAGGAAAAUCUCGCGGUAGUGGUGGUGGUGGUGGUCGAUCGAGACUUCAACAGCAACAAAAUGGAGGUGAUUCUCAAAAUAAUAAUCAACAACAACAAAAUGAUAAUUAUAUACCACAACAAAGAUAUCGAGGUGGAAGUGGUUAUCGAGGUCGUUAUCGUGGCACUAAUCGAGGUAGUCAUCGUGGAAAUGAUAGAAAUUACCAACAACAUCAAUAUGAACAACAGCCACAAGAUUCAAAUAUUGAUAUUUCAACAACGUCAGAUACGACACAACGUUUUACUGAUGUAUCAUAUACAAAUCGACGAAAUGAUGGUAAACAACAACAAUGGGAUGUUGGUAAUUGGAAUGGUGAAACAUUAAUUUAUUCGAGAUCAACAAAAGAUGACGAACAAUCUGCAAAUUCAGACAAUAACAAUACAUCUCAUAUUCCAUCUGGAAUACCCAAUGGUCAAAAUUCAUCAUCAACAUCAUCAACAGUAAAUAAUGUUUCUGAACUAAAUACUCAACAAAAAUCGAAAAAUGAAUUUGAUCCGGUAGAAGCAGCUCGUCAGAUUAAAAAUGUUAUUGGUAUUGGUCAAUCACAACAACAAAAUACUCCACCACCUAAACCUUUAAUGGAUUUAAAACCAUUAAUAUGUGAUCCACAAAUAGGACAACAACAACAACAAAAAUCGAAUAUAAUAUCAUCAAAAUCUACUGGGCAAAAUAUGAACACAAAAGUAACACCACCACCACGUAUACCACACCAACCGGUGAUUUUUUCUGACCGUUUCGAUGGUGGAAUUAAUAAAAUUGAUGUACAAUUUGGUAAUUUGGGUGAACCAUUUGAAGAAUCAUCAUCACGAAAUGUAUCUGUACCAACAUCAUCUUCAUCAUCAUCUGCAUUUUAUUCACAUACUGAACCAAUAACAUCAGUAACAAAACAAAAGACUGGUUCAUCAUCAGUUCAAAAUCCUCAACGAUCAACAACGGUACAACAUCAAUCAACUGAACAAUCUUCUUUUGUUUCACCAACACCAAAUACUAAUUCAAUUCGUCCAUCCGAACAACAACAACAACCGAUGAUAAAUCAACAACGUAUAUUACCACCACAAAUUCAACAACAACCAUCAAUGACAAUGAAACCUGUUGUACCACAACAAUAUGCUGUACAUCAUCAACAACAUCAAAUGAAUCCACCAAAUUUACUUUUACAAUCUAUACUUUUUCAUCAUCAACAACAACAAGAGCCAGUGCCAUUGGAUACUUCAUAUGAUCCAACACCAUUUCAAUUACCAUCAAUUGAUUUUAAUGCAUCAUAUUUUAUGGCAGCAACAAUGAAUCAACAACCGCCACCACCACAACAAACUCAACCACGUUAUCUUGUUUCACAAGCAGCUCCACCACAACAACAAAUAUCAUCAAAUCGACAACAAACAUCUACAAAUGUACAAACACCACCAUUAACAUCAUCAUCAUCAUCUGUACCACCUUCAUCAACAUCAACAACAUCAUCUACGGGUCCAAAAAAAGGACCAGCUGUUCCACCAGGUAUGUUUCUUUCGACAGCACCACCAACACAACCAGCAUAUUCAACAGCUUAUUCAACAACAUAUGGAGUUCCACCAUCAGUUGGUGGACAACAACAAACAGGUGCAACAACUUAUUCAACACCAUAUGAUGCUGAACAUUUAUUUACAAAUCCAUUUAUGCAAUUAACUAAUGCACAACAAACACAAUCACCAUCAGGUACAUAUGGUUCAGUAACACCACCUGUUCAACAACAAAAUCAAACACAUAAUAAUAAUGAUAAUAAAACAAUGAAUUAUCGAGCUCCAAUUAAUGAAAAUCUUUUAUUAUUACAACAGUAUCAACAAUAUGCUAUUCAACAAUCGAACAGUCAACAACAAGGUCCACAAGCAGCACAUUCACCAGCUCAAUUAAAUUAUUUUCUUGGACAUUCAGCUAGUGGACCAAGUUAUUCACCUGGUCCUCAAAUAAUGUAUGCUCAACCAGCAACAGCUAUGGCUCAACAACAACAAGCUUCUAAACAACAAGGUCAACAAUAUAAUCAAAAUAAUUCAUCAUCAAAUAUUGGUAGUAAUGAUGAUUAUUAUGGUCGUAGUUCAUCAUCAUCAUCAAAUAAAGAAGCACAUUAUAUGUAUGCCGUAUCAACACAACCUCAACAAGUUCCACCACAAUCAGUUAGCCAACAUCAAGGUGUGAAUAAACAACAACAACAACAAGCUCAACAACAACGUGCUAGUGGCAAUGUUUAUAAUAAUCAACAAAGCCAACAACGUCCAUUUCAAUAA